CUAUCUAUGGGAAAACUGUCACUGUCACAUCUAAAAUUUAAACGUCAGCUUUAAUGGAUGUAUUUUUUGUUCGUAAAUAAAUAGGGUAAUGGGCUAGAAACAUAAGGAGAAAAUUCAUGUACUGUACGUAAAAAUAAUUAAAUUUCUCCAAGACGAUCCAGUAACAGUGAAUUCAAGAGUGCAGAUAAAUAUACACCAUUGUUAAAAACAAAAUCCACGUAUCACCUUUAAUUAUAAAUUCCUUCACAACUUAUUAAAGCAAUUAGUCAUAAUUUUACUAGACGAUAAAGAUGUGGGUCCCAACUCACGUUCAAGUUACAGUCCAGAGGGCAAUAGGAUUACUUACAAAAGGAAAAAAUAAUACAAAUGAUUGCUUUGUAACUAUAGCUCUAGGAAAAAUUAAAUAUCAAACAUCUUUAAAGCAAAAGGCAGGACCAACUGUUGAAUGGCAUGAAGAGUGUGAAUUGCCUAUACCUGACCAAGGAAACACUGCUGAGAUAGUUCUUACAGUUUUACACCAGAAUUUCUUAGGAGCUACUGAAUUUUUAGGCAGGGUAACAAUACCUUUAAAUUCACAAGAAGUUUAUGAGAGACCUAAAAACAAACUAUACACUCUUCAGUCUAAACCUGGUGGUAAAACAAAGGAGAGAGGACAAUUAGAAGUGAAACUUGCGUUCAAUGUAAAGUCUGGGAGUUUAACAAAUCUAAGUAAAAAAGAAAAGCAUAAAUCAUCUUUGGGUGGAUUGUCACAUGUAGCUCAAUCUGUUGGAGGCAGUUUAUUAAGUUUAGGAAGUGCUGAGAAGCGCAAAGGUAUAAAAAAGUUUGCAAAAUCGAUUGGCUCAAAGAUGCACCUGAAAGGCAAGAAAAAAGAUGAAUUUGACGAUGGGGCAUCUUCUAUUGGGAGCGUCGGAAGUCUUAAUAUACGUAGCCAAUCACUAAAUCAAAAAUUUAAAAGUAGACAGACCAUUGAGGACGCUGAUCCAGGAGUAAUGAGCGAUGAAGAUGAAUUUACAUUUGAUGACCUUUCCCAUAAAAGUUCAGCAAGUUCUUUAAGUAUACCUGCACCUUCAGUUAAUACAUCACCAGCGCUAGUCAACAGGACUGCUCAAGAAAAUUUACCAAGUGUACCAUCACCUACAGCAUCACAAAUUAAAAGUCAAACACUGCCACCUGCUAAACCACCUAGAUCUGAACCCAAACCCUCUCAAGAUGAAUGGGAAUCCAAGUUAUUUGGACAUUCUAAACCAAGAGGUAACUUAAGGCCCGGUUCAAAUGAGUCACUGAACAGAAGAUCAUGGGAUUCUUCCAAAUUAGCAUCACAAAUAGUUGAAGAGACUGAAUAUUUAGACGUUCCAUCCAGGAAUGAAGAUGCCAUUAGUAUUAAGUCCACACCAGAACCCUCUAAAAAGGAAGAGAAAGACGGAAUGUACCAGAAAUUAAAAAAUAGUUUUAAGAAAGAUAAAGACAAGAAUGAUGUAGUAGACAAACGUGAAAAAUAUGCUGGUAAUUCUCAUGAACGUAUUAUUAUAGGCGGAGAACGUGAACAUAUUCCUAUACAUACUAGCCACAUAUCAAGUGAACUUCUCCAGAAAUUUGAAGGGAAGACCAGAGAGGAUUUAAUCCUAGCUUUGGUGGAAACGCAGAGUGAUUUAGAAAAACAGAAACGAAAAUUGAAGGAUCUUGAAGAUUAUUUAGAUGAUUUGCUACUAAGAGUUAUGGAGACAACACCAAGAAUUUUACAAAACCCUUAUGUAACGUAUCAACUUUCCCAAAAACAGUUUUUAUAAAUCACUUGUUUAGCUUUAAUAUUUCUCAUUUUUGAAACUCUGAUAAAAAUCCUCUGUUGGUGAAAUAAAAAUACAUAAUGACAAUGUUCAAAGUUAAUAGUAUUACUCCACAUAUAAUUUAUUUUUAUGAGAAAUAAUAAAUGAGAUAAAAUUUGACUCCCAAAUAGUGCCUAUGCGAUAUAUGUUUUUUAUUAUUGUUAGUGACGAAAUUCAAACUGUGAUUACAAAGCUUCACAUUUUUGAAAGUAUUUACAAAGUCUUAGAUAAAAUUAACAGUGUAAUUCAAGUUUUGUUGUGGGAUUUCAGUCUUUGCCUUGUAACCUUAAAUUUUCUGAAGUAACUAAAUCAGGACUCAUGAAUAUAAUAAUUGUAUUGAAUUAUUCAUCUAAAUAUCAAUGACUCUUAAAAAUCUCUUAAUUAACAAUAUUGAAAAUACCUUGAACUUCACAUGCCAGACACUGAAAUCCCACUGUGUAUACUUUUAUUAUUUUAGUAUCUAACACGUACAUAUAUGUAUGUAUAUGUUAUUUUGACUUACUAACAAACUUUUAAAUAUAAUAUUGGAAUGACUCCAAUUUGAGAAUGA